AUGGGGGCUACAGGAGAUGGUAGAAUUCAAAUGGAGAAGACCAUUGGUCUUGUUCAGAGUAUUAAUAUUAUUAUCGGAUCGAUGAUCGGAUCAGGUAUUUUUGUCAGUCCAACUGGUAUUCUCAUCAGUGUAAAGAGCGUCGGCGCCAGUCUUGUUCUUUGGGUCGCUUGUGGUCUCUUCUCUCUCGUGGGUGCCUACUGCUAUGCUGAACUGGGCACUCUGAUCCAUCGCUCCGGGGCUGACUAUGCUUAUAUCCUUGAAGCAUUUGGCCCAUUCUUUGGAUUCCUUCGCUUGUGGGUCGAAGUUAUUGUUGUCAGACCAGCGACUAUGGCUGUCAUCGCUAUGACAUUCGCAAAGUAUAUUUUACAACCCCUUUUUCCUGACUCUGCUUGUUUGCGUAAGAUUAUCUCUACUAUAUUGCCUUUUUUAUUAGUUUUGAUCACUUAUAUCAACUGCUACUCCACUCGUCUCUCAACUAGAGUUCAGGACAUUUUCACAUAUGGCAAACUGAUUGCCAUUAUCAUGAUUAUUAUCACUGGAUUUGUCCAAAUGGGAUUCGGACACACUGAGGCUUUCGACAAUGCCUUUGAAGGUUCAGACUGGAGUCUUGGAGGAAUUGCCACUGGUUUCUACUCCGGUCUAUUUGCAUAUGCUGGUUGGAACUACCUGAACUGCAUGAUUGAAGAAAUGAAAAACCCUAAACGUGAUCUGCCCAUUGCCAUCGUAUUUUCUUGCCUUGUUGUCACGGCUGCAUAUACCCUUUGUAACGUCGCUUAUUUCACUACGGUUGAUCUUCAUGAAAUCUUGACAACACCUGCAGUUGCUGUGGUAUGUACUCGUUUGGAAAUAUUUGCGAACAGUAUAAAUGGCCUACUAAUUGAUGGGGAAUGGGAUAAAGUAACCACGUGGUUUAUUUAG